UCGACAUUUGCGAGCAAAAUGGCGUCUAAAAGGCAGGAUGGUGAUGCUGAAGCGCUCAAGCAGUGCGAAGUCUAUGUGGAAAAAUAUAAUAUCCAAGCUAUUCUUAAGGACUGCAUCGUGCAGUUAUGUAUCAAAAAGCCAGACAACCCUCACAAGUUUUUUCGGGAGUAUUUUGAAAAGCUCGAAAAGGUGAUUUUAUUUAGCUCCACGUCGAAGCUUUGUUCUACUGUUUUGUUUUUUUUUUAUGCCGAGUUUCUUCUACGAUUUUCGGCGUGUAAUUCAAUCUGACGAGUAAUUUUGCUUCAUGAUUGAGCAACGUCUCUUGAAAUUAUUUUCCAGGAGCACGAAGCAGAGCCGCAGGAACGCGGCGAACCCGAAGAAAAACUAGAAAUUGAAGAUCUUCCAGGUCCUGUUGGCGUCUCCAGAAAACGCCGCGGAGCUGUUAGUGCUGGACCUAUUACCGAAGAUGAAGCUACGUCCUAUGUGAAAAAGGUAAUAUGAUUGAAAGGUCUUAAAGAUUGGUGAGGUAGAGAACUAGUCUCGGUGAGAAUCGCGACAACUGACGCGGCCCUUUCUUGGUUAUAUUUUGAUAUAGGUCGUACCGAAAGACUACAAAACCAUGGCCGCCCUGUCGAAGGCGAUCGCGAAAAAUAUUCUGUUUUCUCACCUGGACGAAAAUGAAAGAAGGUAAGCGGGAAGGAUGCAUUUCAACUGGGAGUGUUGCUUUUCGAUUUAAGAAAAUUUUUAGGUUCAGAGCGUAAAUCAAUGUUGUUUUUCCUUCAGCGAUAUUUUCGAUGCUAUGUCUUUGGUUAAACACAGUGCAGGCGAGAUUGUGAUUCAGCAAGGUAAGGGAUGAAUACGCUUUGAUUUCUCAAAUUUAAACUGGUAUACUCGGAUCCUCUAAAUAUACUCUCUCAUUUUAUGUAAGAAGUUGUCUUUCUGCCUGUAGACCAGGACUGUUUGUAUAAUUAGAGCUGUGCGAUUGCUGUCGUACCCUUUUUUUCUACAGCGUGGAUCAAAAUUUUCUCAAGCUUAACGAGAUUAAUGAGAUUUUUUUCUACUAAAAAGCGGCGAUAUUGUUUGAGUAAUCUCCCACUCCUUGCUCAAAGUAAUAUGUAACUCUACAUUUGAAGUUUCAAGGCCAUGACAUUUAUCUUUGUGCUGUUUCAGGGGACGAGGGCGAUAACUUUUACAUCAUUGACAGCGGUGAAGUCGAUGUAAAUGUUCUUGUUGGCUAUUUACAUAAUGUUGAACAGUCACCUAAACACAUUACCACAUUACAAGGACUCUCAAAAAUUCUCCAAACUUUUGCCGGCCUCGUUUUAUCGCUCACGAAAUCGGAUACCACGUUUUAAAUGUGUAUUUUAUCUUGAGGACUUAAAAUCGAAGACAUCUCUCAGCAAUAUGUUUCAUGAACAUUGUUUGUUUAUUAACUUGGGAAGGAUUAAGUAUCCGUAAAUUAUGCCCAGGGAUAGCUUUUCUGAUUGUUUACCGUCAGCCAGUCAAGAUCUUCAUUAGAAAAAAAGGAAAAAAAUUACAAGAAAAAAGUGACAAGAAUGGCCAACCAACAAAAUGUGAAAUGUACAAUUUCUGAUGGUUAUGAACAACAUUUUAAAGUGCUAAGGGAUGAAACAAGGAACAUCAAGUGACAGACUUCAUAUGACAACAUUUGUUGAUAGAUUUCUACUUUAGUCUACAAUAUGGAUACUCGUGUUUUAUACCCUGCAGUGCAGCUUUCAAAUUCUCAAGGAAAGUGGGGUUUGAUCAUCGGUAAUGCAGAACUACUGAACAGGGUAAUCCCAGAAAUGCUCAAAACUAAUUAUGAUUUCUUUAUUUGCUUUUUAUAGGUGUUUGUUAGUGAUGAGUAUGUGUCUACCAUUGGUGAAGGAGGCAGUUUUGGUGAACUAGCCUUGAUUUAUGGAACACCAAGAGCAGCUACCAUAAAGGUAAGAAAACUGGAUUGACUGUUUUUGUUAUUUGGUUGGUUUUCACAGCUAUAGAGGUAUUAGGGUUACUGAGCAGACUACUUGUUUAAUAGCAAAUAACCAUGUUGAAAAUUAAAACAAUUGAGGAUGAAAUCAUGAUAAAUACCUGUGAACUUUCACCCUUAGCUUAGCUAGGCAUAAAAAAUUCCUUUAUUCUACCAACCAUUUUAGGUUGCUGGCUUGUAUUGCAAAUCUGUGCCUCGGCUUAUAUUACUCACUGUUAAGAAAAGCUCCUCCAAUCAAUUUAAAUUCCAAUUUCUUUAAGUUUUGUUUUUUUCUACCCUAUGAUGCAUGAGGUCUUACUAAUGUUUUCUUUCAAUAUUUUUGGUGUGAAGAAAAGUAGGAAUGUUACAGGAAAGUAACCACUUUGUAGUCCAAAACCAUGGUCACUAAUAGCUCUGCAGUUUACAUUGCAAUGGAUUUAGGGCUCUGGCUGAUGUUGGGUGCUUGAAAAUCACAUCUUUUUCUUUUUGUUUCUGCCUCCUAGUCACGAACUGAUGUGAAGCUUUGGGCCAUUGACCGAGUUACUUACCGUCGUAUAUUGAUGGGUAGCCAGAUCCGUAAGAGAAAAAUGUAUGAACAGUUCCUGGAGAAAGUCAGUAUCCUUGAAUCCCUUGAUAAAUGGGAACGUCUCACAGUGGCUGAUGCACUGGAAGCUGUUACUUAUGAGGAUAAUGAAAAUGUUGUAGUCCAAGGAGAGCAUGGGGAUGAAUUUUACAUCAUUGUUGAUGUAAGAAUUAUCUUUAGUAUUAACAAUACACUGAUUUUCUUUUAAGCCACUUGUUUUUUUAUAGUUUAGUCUCAACAACAGUUAGAUCAGUCUCUGUUUUUCAUUGUGAUAGCUCAUAGAACUAAAUGGAAGACAUACCUUUCUUUGUGCAAAAGUCAUGACCCAGUAAUAAAUCAAUUAUUCAUUCACAAGGUGCCAAGAGGAAUAAUGAUACUUAUUAAAAAAGAGUGCCUAGGCAAAAAAAUAACACAAAUGUGAAUAUGACUAUAUCUGAAACUUACUGAAUGGAUGAAUGGGUGAAUAACUAAAUGAAUGAUAAAAUAUGAAAUUUAGAGUGAAUUAUGGUAGUUACAAUUCAAGGUAUGGCAACAAAAGCUGAAAAUCACUUUGUCAAUUGAUUAGUAUAAUGUAAUUGAUUCGUAUGAUGUAAUUACAAUGCACUUGCACCUUGGAUUUUAAUUUUAAGAUUUCCAAUUAGUAAUGAAACAGCACAGAAAAACAACUAGUUAACAAAUGAACUUACGGAAUGCUCAUAAGGCAUACAAUGUAUCAAAUGAAAAUCACAUACUGAACACUCUGCGUUUUGAAGAGAAGGAAACAAUUAUCUGUAAUUUUGUUUCUUUUGUUUUUUUUCCUCCAGGGGGUAGCUGUGGUUUUGCAGCGGAGGUCACCAAAUGAAGAUUAUAUAGAGGUCAGCCGGCUAGGACAAUCAGACUACUUUGGUGAGAGCAGUACUUAAUUGAAUAAUUUAGGAAGUCAAAUGUUUAGAUUGACAACUGAGCUGAUAUUUAUGAUGCACUGAUUAUUAAUUUUUGAUUGAGGAGAGGGAGAGAGAGAGUCAAGAAUGAUAUAAUCACGAGGUUUGAGGUGUACCAUUUGAAUAAAUCUUGUACUUGAAAGGUUGUAAAUUCUAAUACAAUUUUUCGCUUGGAUGCGAUGUGAGUCCCUUUUAAGUCAGAAUGCACAUUGUGAGAGGGCUUAACCCUCAAAAUCCAAAGAUUGACUAGCAUCUAAUUUCUUUGUACAUAAUUACUACAUAAUCAAACAUAGGGAUCAAAAGAAUGAAGGAAAUGCUUGUAGCUUAAGAAGCUCUUGAUUAUUAAACAUGUUCAAGAUAUGUAGAGAAGAGUCUGUAGGGUGUAGGGGUAAACAGUUUGCUGGUGCCUAUUUUACUUAUGGGUUGCAAAAUGCAUUGCGAGUGCAAUGUUUUAGCCCAAGAACACAAUGCUGUAACUUGGCCAUGGUCAAACUCAGACUUGCUAUUUGAGUACUAGCCCACUGUAUCUCAGAUCAUCCUACAAUACUUUUUAAUUCUUAUGUACACAUCUUUUUAUUGCAGGUGAAAUUGCCCUGGUUCUUAAUCGUCCACGUGCUGCAACAGUGCGGGCAAAAGGAACCCUUAAAUGUGUCAAACUUGACAGGCAGCGCUUUGAACGAGUGCUAGGUCCCUGUAUCGACAUCCUCAAGAGAAACAUCCAGCAGUAUAACAGCUUUGUUUCUUUAGUGGUGUAAUAGAGUUAGUGGUCAACUACAGAUUGUAAAAAUGUAGCAGUGUAACAGAUAAGAUGAUUAUGUGAGUGGUAAAUAAACUAAAAUGUGUAUACAUUAGUCUACUUGCAGGAGGUCAUGAUACUGCAGUGGUGAGUUUAGAUGCAAUAUAUCUUAGCAUGGUUAAGUUAUUAACAUAUCUCACCUCAGGCUAAUAAUAUUUUCAGUUGGAUACACUGCAAGUCAUUGCCAGUCUUGAUUAUGUUUGCCUGUUGAGGAUUUUCGACACCAUUCUUCUGUACAUUAAAGUUCUGGUUGCUUUAAAAAGUUGGAGCUCAAUCAACAGGCAAUUUUUAAAAUUAUCUUUCAUCAUAGGAAAAUUUGCCUUAUUAAAUUGAAAGGAAGAAAAUUUCUGCAAAUGUUGAGAUUAUAACAAUUUAAAGUUACUCUAGAUCAAGCUAUAAAAACUUGUGUAAUUGUAGUCAUUGAAAGGAAUAAAAUACCUGGACUAUGAUUUUGAAUUUAUGGAAAGUGAGUUGAGAACCUUUAUCAGUUUGUCUUUUGAAACAGUGUUUUACCUAACCCUUUAACCCCUAAGAGUGAUGAGCAUAUAAUUUCUCCUAACAAUAUGGCCCCUUAAUACAUCAUGGUUACAAGAAUGAAGAAAAUGAUCAUCAACUGAAUAGGCUCUUGAUUGUUAUAUCAAUUCUCUUUGUCAGCACCCUAGGAAAGGUAUAGGGAACAGAGAGGGGAAUAUGCAUAUUGAUGUUAGGCUGUAAUGGGUUGAGAGUUGCCCAGUGUAACAAGAUCAUAUCCUUCUCUUCUCUCAGUUUGGUUGUUUUGUGAAUGGUGUUAAUUUAUAGUUGUAUGUGUCAAAACAUGAUAAAGAGCUAUGUAAUUAAGUAAUUGUAAGGAUGACAAAUAAACAUUGCAGUGAACUCAACACUGUCUCUAACAGCG